AUGGAUUCCACUACUCAUAAAACAUUCAAAUUUUAUUUGCCUUUACCAAAUGAUACACGUAUAUACUGCGUUACAUAUACCGCAUUGAAUUUAUUUGAAAUCGCUCAACUCUUGAAUAAUGGCAUUAAUUUAUCUCAUAUCCCUGGUCAUCAUUUUCCACAUCAUUACAAUAUACAAUUUUUAAUUCGACAAUUUGUUGAAUCUCAAAUUUAUCAACCAAAUGGCAUCCAACAACAAUUUUUCAGGUUUCAAUCUAACUCUCAAGUAUACUCAUCAGAUAUUAACCCUUUAAACAAUAAUAAUGAUCCCAAUAUUUUAAUUAACGAUGGUACACACAUCAAUAUUGCGUCUCCUGCACCUCAAAAUACAUUUGAAUUUUAUUUACCUUCGCCAUAUGGUAUGCUUAUCUAUCAUGUCACAUACACAGAAUUACAUUCAUUUGAAAUCGCGCAACUCUUAAAUAAUGAUUGUAUUAUUCAGUUUUUAAAUCAUUAUAAUUCAUUAAUUCAACAACAACUUCAGCAACAAGUUCAGUUAUCUGUUGAGAAUUAUAACAAUAACAUUCAACAACCAACUUUCGACACUGUGAGUAUUCAAGUAGAUAAUGAAAAUAUGAGCGCCGAAAAUUUACAAGAUGGAGCCCAGACUCAAAAUUAAUUAAGCUAAACUAUAUCUUGAAUCUUUAUUUUAUUAUAUUCUAUCGUUCUAAAGAUAAUGUGCUAACUAUUUAAGUUUUAAUAUAUUUAUG